AUGACUAACAUCAAUACUCGGCCUUCCCCUCCAUGGGGUAGACUGGCUGUUGAACAAUAUUUCAUCACAAAUUGGAACCCCUCCUCAACCGAAACCCCUGACCAGCAACGAAAAAGGCUGGUCGCCGAGUUUCUCGACAUGGAAUGCAUUCCUCUUGAAUGGACGGAAGAUUGGGACAGCCUUCCAACCGAUGUCGACCGGCCUCGUGAGCCUACAACAGAGGAAGUGGACACAAUUCUCCGACCCUACCGUAGCGACCAGCUCCGAUGGCACGCAAUGAAUAUAUUCCAUGACCAGACAUCUCCCGUUUUACUACGCACAUACUACAGCACCGACGAAGGCGAGACAGCUAGACAUGCCGAACUAAUGACUCGGUGGGUCGAUCCCUGGGAUUCAGAAGACUGGUGGGCGGUUCUCGAUAAUGAGGAUCUCUUUAACUUUGGUUCGGAGUGGUGGUGUGUGUACGAGGUUCUUCCUGAACUUGCGGGCCCAAUUUCACCCGAAGUCGAUGAUGAAAUGAGGGUUCCGCGAGCUCCCAGAGCAGAAUCAUUUAAAUUUCUCCAUUCCCAUCUGAAAACGGAACUAGCCGAAGUGAAAGAACGAGACCCGGAAGCUUGGCGUGAGGCCACGGACCGAGGUACAAUCCUUGAGGACUUCGCGACGGCAUUACAAAAGGUCGCUACGCGGACGUAUCUCAUCCUUGCGGACGAAGAGGCUUUCCGGUCUAGGAGUCUACGGGUGCUUUAUUUGGAUGGCUUCCGAAAUAUCGUUCGCGAAGGUCGUAUGGAUCCUGUGGAUGAUGACGUCUUUAAUAUGAUUGGUAUAUGGAUGGAAACCAACGAUUUUCUUCAAAACUCUACCGUUGGGGAGAAGUAUCGAGCCAGUGCAGAAUGA